CUUAAGUAUAGCGCACACGCCGACAAGGCUCACGUCCCCACCUUCCUUUCUCCCCGCCAUUGUCACCGGCAUAAUGAGCGACCCCACCACCAUCGAGAAAAAGCCGUCCUCCGACUUCGAGAAGACGGACGUGACCACUAGCCACGAUGUCGAGGGCGCCGACAGCGAAGUUUUGGGCCCCAAUGAGCUGCAUCGUGGACUGAAGAACCGACAUGCUCAGAUGAUUUCAAUUGGUGGUGUCAUCGGCACCGGUCUGUUCUUGGGUACGGCAGCGUCGUUAGCGGAUGGAGGGCCCUUGGGCUUGUUGCUGGGUUAUGCCAUCGUGUCGACCGCCUGUAUCGCGAUGAUGUUGUCUCUCGGAGAGUUGAUCACUUUGCUCCCGGUCGCUGGUGGUCAGGUAACGCUCUCUGGACGAUUUGUUGACCCAGCAUUGGCAUUCGCCAUGGGAUGGAAUUAUUGGUAUUCAUGGGUUGUUACUCUGCCUGCUGAGCUGUCGGCUGCCGCGGUUCUUGUCAAUUAUUGGAAUAGCUCAAUAAAUAAUGCGCUAUGGAUCACCAUAUUCGGUAUCGUUGUUGUUGCCAUCAACUUCUUGGGGACGCGGGCCUUUGGAGAGGCCGAGUUUUGGUUUGCAUCGGUCAAAGUCAUCACCAUCGUAGGGCUUAUCAUCUGCGGUCUUGUCAUCGAUUUGGGCGGUGCACCGGACCAUGACCGUCUCGGUUUCCGCUACUGGCAUAACCCAGGACCCCUUGUGCAAUACGAUGAUAUCGGUGGCUCUCUGGGUCGCUUCCUCGGCAUGUGGUCUGUCCUCAUCGGCGCUGGUUAUGCCUACCUCGGUACGGAAAUUCUGGGUAUGACCGCCGCUGAAAUCCAGAACCCGACAAAGAACAUCCCCAAGGCCAUUCGCGGUAUCUGGAUCCGAAUCCUCAUUUUCUACAUCCUCGGCGUCUUCAUCUUGGGCAUGAUCGUCCCUUCCGACAACAACCUGUUGACCACGAGCACCGGCACGGCUGCGUCCUCCCCCUGGGUCAUCGCCAUCCAGCUUUCAGGAAUCAAAGUGCUCCCCCAUAUCGCAAAUGCUUGUUUCUUGACUGCCGCCUGGUCCGCCGGUUCAUCCGAUCUCUACACCUCCAGUCGUGCGAUGUACGGUCUCGCCACGAUCGGCCAGGCCCCCAAGAUCUUCGCGCGGACUAACAAGUACGGAACGCCCAUCUACGCCAUCGGACUCUCCGUUGCUCUUGGCUUCCUUGCCUACAUGGGCGUCACCGGGAACUCGUCGACCGUGUUCGGGUAUUUCUCGAAUAUGAGCACCGUGUCUGGCAUGUUCAACUGGUUCGGGAUCUGCCUCACUUCUAUCCGUUUCCGUCAAGGAUUGAAGGCUCAGGGAAUAUCGCACAAGAACUUGCCGUGGUACAGCCCAUUGCAGCCGUACGCCGCGUGGUGGGGCUUAGGGUGGACGUUCCUGAUCAUCGUCUUCGCCGACUGGAGUGUAUUCCUGAAAGGCAACUGGGACACGGCGUCGUUCAUCACGAACUACCUGCCCAUACCCAUAUUCAUCAUCCUGUACUUUGGGUAUAAGUUCUGGUAUAAGACUAAGAUCGUUUCGCUGGAAGAGAUGGACUUCGUGACAGGAAUCACUUCUUGGAAAAACAUGGAUUAAGCGUAGAUGUCUUGAUGUCGUGAUGUUCUGACGUAGUCUGUGCUUAUGGUUUGAUUUAAUCUGUUGUUGUUGUUGCUGUUGUUCGAGCUACCUGCUUUGUAUGCGUCGAGUACUCAAUCCUAAUUAUGAAUCGUCCACCGCUGUGGAGCGUUCACGAUCAAAA